UUAAAUGCUUUCCGAAUAAAAAUCCAAGAUGGUUGACACAUGUGAUGAACUUUCACGACUGGCAACAUAUUUAGGUGUUUCUUGUGGAAAGAUGUCAUUUGACGGAAAGGAAAAGUUGUGUUUACAGGUACCAGUUCUGAAAGUUCAGAACAAUUCCAAUCCCAAAGGACUAGUCACUGUGGCAAAAUAUUUAACAAGAUCAAGUCAGAAUGCAAAAAACCUGUUAGGAGCUACACCAGAGGAAAAGGCAGCAGUUGACCAAUGGUUGGAGUACAGAAUUACACGCAUUGACCGGUCAGCCCAGGAUAAGGAUGUCACAAACACUCUCAAGGAGCUGAACCACUACUUGGCAGACAAGGUUUACAUAAUGGGUAGCUGCCUGACCUUGGCCGACAUCCUCCUUUAUAAUGGUCUUAUUGAAAUCAUGGGAGGUCUGACGUUUUAUGAAAAAGAGACAUUUAUGAACCUAUCCAGGUGGUUUGAUAAUAUACAACACCAGCCAGCUCUACGACAAUCUUUGGGGUUGGUAUCAUUCCAGAGGAACCAGUUGUACAAAGGGGUCAAAGUUCACUGACACCCACAUGUCUAGAUUUGUCUAUUUAUCAUUCAUCGUCACUGAAAUACAUGUUUAAAUAUCUUCAAA